UGUACUUGGCCAUUUUUUAAAAUUCCCCAUAUUUGAAUUGAAAAACUGGGUUUUCUUGGGUUAUUGGAAGCUGCUUAUUUUGCUUAUAUAUGAGCAAAAUCUUGAUUCUUUUUAUGGUUUUCUCUUCACCACAAUACUCAUUUUCAAGUUCUUGAAAAUUGUUUUCCCGCAAUAGCCAAUGUGAUCAAAAGCAGGUUCGUGAGUUAAAAUGGACUUGAGAAGAAUGAUUUUGGGGCAUUUUUUGGUGAUUUCUUUGGCCUUGAAUGUGGGAUUCUUGUACAGAGAUUACUGCAAGGGAAAUCGCCAUUAUCAAGAAUUUUUCAGCUCCAAAAAUGAGUGCAAAAAUGCUUCCGUGACUCUUCUUGAAGCAUCACCGCAGCCAUUUUCAUCUUCUUCUUCUUCUUCAAAAGCUUUUGAUGGGAUUAUCGAUCUUGAUCAUGGAGAUCCAACAAUGUAUGAGAAAUAUUGGCAGCAGAUGGGAGACAAAACUAAAGUUGUGAUUAAUGGCUGGCAAUUCAUUAGUUAUUUUUCUGAUGUCAGUAGAGUUUGCUGGUUUUUAGAGCCUGAAUUUGCAAACUCGAUUAUUAGGUUGCACAAAUUAGUCGGAAAUGCUAUUACUGAGGACCGAUACAUUGUUGUUGGGACAGGUUCUACACAACUCUUCCAGGCCUUGCUGUACGCUGUCUCUCCACCGAAUUCUUCCGAGCCAAUCAGUGUGGUAUCUGCUGCACCAUUUUACUCGUCAUACCCCUUGAUUACCGACUUUCUGAAGUCUGGACUACACAAAUGGGCAGGCGAUGCCUACACAUUUGACAUAGACAAGCCUUAUAUUGAACUAGUAACGUCUCCAAAUAAUCCCGAUGGCUUUCCAAGAGAAGCUGUAGUCAAUAAAAAGCAAGGAAUACUGAUUCAUGAUUUUGCUUACUACUGGCCACAGUACAUUCCAAUCUCUUCUCCUGCAGAUCAUGAUAUCAUGUUAUUUACCGUCUCUAAGAGCACUGGCCAUGCUGGAUCACGCGUCGGUUGGGCUCUUGUCAAAGAUAUUGAGAUUGCAAAGAAAAUGACUGAAUUUAUCGUGCUUAGCACCAUAGGCGUGUCCAAAGACUCUCAAAUUCGUGCUGCAAAAAUCUUGCAAGUUGUAUCCGAUAGCCACCAAUAUAAAGUCGACUUCAAGGAAGGACAAGCCUUCUUUGAACAUAACUAUAACCACAUGGCAAGGAGGUGGAAACAACUUAGAGACGCCGUGAAUAUGAGCAAGCUCUUCAGUUUGCCGGACUUCCCCUCUGGCUCGUGCACCUUUAGUGGCCGCACUUUCGAAUCACAACCCGCUUUUGCUUGGCUCAAAUGCAAAGGAGAGAUCGAUGAUUCUGGGAUUGUUGCCAUGUUAUCGGAAAGUCCGGCUUCUGAAGAUAAUCCUUCCGAUAGAGUGGCCUCGAAAUCGCCAUUGGGAAGUAAGCCUGCAAAAAUGUUACGCGAUGGUGGUGAAUAUGGGGAAAUUAAUCAAUGUUUAAACAAUGGUAAAAAAUUUGUGUUAAUUGUGAUUGUAUAUGACUUGGUUAUUGCCAAAAAAGAAGAAAAAAGAAAAAAAGUAGUCACUGGAAACAUGAUUGGUCACUUGAAUAGUCGCCGAAACGAUCGUCAGAAUUGUCGUCGGAGCUAUCGCCGGAGCAGUUGUUGGAAUAUUUGCCGGAAUGGUUGCCGGAGCCGUCAUCGGAGUAGUCGCGCGAAAUAUUUGCCGGAGAGGUCGUCGGAAUUGUUGCCGGAGCCAUUGCCGGAAGUGAAGUGGGGUAGUGUGGGGUGGGGUGGAGAGAGAAGGAAAAGAGUUUGA